AUGCGGGAACCUUCCCCAGGGGCCCCCAGCCCGAGAGGGUCCACGGGGUCCCUAAAUAACGGGGCUGUCACCAGAAACAUCGGCUUCCAGCAACAAAACGGCUCCGAACACCUACCUUGGAGCAGCCCUGCUAUUUCCCUGCCAGGAAAUUGUAAUUCCAACUUAACUAAUGAAUCUUCGGGCUUGGUACGAAGCGUCAGCAAUGCAUCCGCCCUCACUUCGCUUUGCGCCGAUCUGUCACCAUCAGAUUCACAUUUCUUCGAGGUGCUCUACAUCGGUAAAGUUAGAAUUUCACAGAGGAAAGUUCCAGAGAGUUUGAUCGACGAUGCCCUCAAUAAGUUCGCCCAACACGAAGCUGAAAAGGCCAAGAAUCAGAGGCGGCACAGUCUCUUGUCUUCCACUGGGACGUCACUAUACAGUGCGGACUCAUCAGAAAACGUAAAAGACGAGACGAAAACUGAAACUGUCUGCGAAAGUGUUCAAAAUAGGCACAGUAACCUAAUAACAAGUACCACACCUCUGGAACCCGACAAAAACCACGCUUGGAAAAGCGUUGAAAACCUUCAGUCGAAAAAUGACCACCGGCUCGUGAAAAGCGAAAGCCAUGAGAUAGACCAAGAGUUUGAUAUGUUCACAAAAGAAAGGAUAGAAAAAAACAUUCAAACCCGAAAGCCUGGCCAGGUACUGGAACCUUCCGUUCUUGUGCUGAACGUGCCGAAAAACUUAGGCGUACUUAGAGAGGACGAGGAAAAGAAUGAUGAUAUCAAUUCAGUGAUAUCCGAAACAGCCUCCUCUAUAACACAGUUCUGUCAGACGAAUUUCCUUCACAGGUCAGACGAAACUGAUUCGUCUGUUAGAAUAGUUAAAGACCAUAAUCCCUUCCACAAUGAGAUAAAAGAAGCAGCACCUGGUGAUACAAAAAUAGACGACGCUAAAGAUCCUUUACUGAACAUACCAAUACAAACUAACUCGUUAGAUGAAAAAACUGUUACUCAAACACCACUUGAACCAAAAGUUGUUAAGGACAAUAAAAUUGAUAGUGGUAAGAAUGCGGCAAGAGUACAAAAACCUUUGGAAUUAAAACUGAACGGAAGCGGUGAAAACCUGAACAGUAUGCCAGAGAACAAACCUUUCUUGAGGGACAGGUCAGCAUCCAUUGGGACCUUGAAUCUGAAGACCCCGCUGGCCCAGCUGAUUGGGGAGCAAAACCGGACCAUGUUAUUUCAGGUGGGCCGCUCCGAACUGAGGCUCAUCAGCCCCGACAGGAAGCAGAUCCUGCUCCAUCGCGCCUUCAAGGACGUGGCCAGCUGCGUGCUGGGCCGGGCCAGCAAGGACCACUUCGGGUUCGUCUGCCGCGAGACCAACGACACCUACGCAUGCUACGUGUUCAAGUGCGAAAGUGACUCGGUCGCUACAGAAGUCGUGAGUGGCAGUCGCAGG